UCAGCGCAGACAUAAAACUUAGCCGGAAGAAAUAGAUCUGAAUAGGGAUAAACGCCGAAACUAACACAUGCUUGAUCUCACUUGCUGCACCAACACUCCCUUGCGUCCCAAAUCAAUGGCGGCAUCAUCGGAGGCCCAUACCCAAACCUUGGAAAUUUACCCGAAGAAAGUUUCUGGGGUUUCCCCCUUUUGGAGAGACAAGUAUGAAAGAGAAGCCAAGAGGUAUUGGGAUGUCUUCUACAGACGCCACAAGGACAAAUUUUUCAAAGAUCGCCACUACUUGGAUAAGGAAUGGGGCGAUCACUUUUCCGGAGGAAGAAAAGUGAUUUUAGAGGCUGGUUGUGGAGCUGGAAAUACUAUCUUUCCUGUCAUAGCUUCUUAUCCGGAUGCUUUUGUUUAUGCGUGUGAUUUCUCGCCACGGGCUAUCGACUUGGUUAAGGCGCAUGAAGACUUCAAGGACUCCCAUGUUCACGCUUUUGUCUCUGAUUUGACAGCUGAUGAUCUGUGCAAGGAGAUUCUUCCAUCUUCUGUUGAUAUUGUUACAAUGAUUUUUAUGUUAUCUGCAGUUUCCCCUGAAAAGAUGCCUCUAGUUUUGCAAAAUGUUAGAAAAAUUAUCAAGCCAAAUGGAUAUGUGCUGCUCCGAGACUAUGCUACUGGUGACCUUGCUCAGGAAAGAUUCUCUGGAAAGGAUCAAAAGAUCAGUGAUAACUUUUAUGUUAGAGGUGAUGGCACUCGUGCUUACUAUUUUUCAAAUGAGUUCUUGACAAAAAUAUUCAAAGAAAAUGGUUUUAAUGUUCACAAACUUGAUGUGUGCUGCAAAGAAGUUGAGAAUCGCUCAAGGGAGUUGAUAAUGAAACGGCGUUGGGUCCAAGCUGUAUUUCGCGUUUCAGAUGAUUCCAACUCUUCUUCCAGUAAAGAAGCUCAGGCCAAUCAUCUUGGUAGUUAUAGUAUUGAAAAGGAAAGCAAGAAAAAUAAUUUAGAUAGUAAUUUAAAUGACUCUGCCGUUGACUUGUCUGAGGGACUCGCACUUGACAUGUUUGGAGUCUUACCUUCUAGUGAGUAUGAGAUGAUUGAGGUAAACCUUAGAGGCUGGAGUUUCAAGAUUAGUUUACUCUCAAAAGAGUAUCAACAUACCUGCAAAUCAACUGGUUUGAUGCUGUGGGAAUCAGCCCGAUUGAUGGCUUCUGUCCUUGCAGAAAAUCCCAAUAUUGUAGCCGGAAAAAGGGUCUUGGAGUUGGGGUGCGGCAGCGGUGGAAUCUGCUCUAUGAUUGCGGCUAGAUAUGCUGAUCUAGUGGUUGCUACUGAUGGAGAUGGUUUUGCUCUUGACCUGCUCACCAAAAAUGUUGAAUCUAACAUUGAGCCGCAUUUGCUGACUAAACUAAUUACAAAGAGACUGGAGUGGGGAAACGAGGACCACAUAAAAAGCAUAAAGGAAGUGAAUCAUGGAGGGUUUGAUGUCAUCAUGGGCACAGAUGUCACGUACAUUCCGGAAGCUAUAUUGCCCUUGUUUGCAACGACAAAAGAACUGAUUGCUUCCAGCGGAAUCAAUAGAGAUGACGGUAAUGCUCCUGCACUAAUUCUUUGCCAUAUCUUUCGCCGUGUUGAUGAACCGACCUUGCUUUCGGCCGCGGCACAAUUUGGUUUCAGAUUAGUAGACAAAUGGCCUGCUGGAAUUUCAACCAAGUUGUCUCAGAGCAUUAUCAAUGAUUGGUUUGUAGACAAUGGUUUAAAGGAUGAUCUUCCUAGUACAGCAUUGAACAUCUUGCUCUUCUGCCCGGAGUAAAUUAAGAACCCGUUUGGAUCCAAACCAAAUAUCACUUAUUGAAGUUUAUCCAGUAUUUUUUUCUAGUAGCUAAGCUUCAAUAAGUCCUUAUCCAAACGAGUACUAAAUGCAAGUUGGAUUCUUGAUUCAUCUAUUCACUAGAAUAUAAGCUGAAGCUGAGAAGUAGAAUGGAAUUUCCAAGUUGAUUCAUUUAUAAAGAACAUGACAACCCCUUUGGGCUCAUUUUUAGAAGUUGUGACAGUGGCAUCCUUUGAUGGUGUUUAAAGUUACUGAUGGGAAAACAGAACCUAGGAGAGUUCAGUGUUUAAAAAAAAAAAUCUCAUUGUCUUGCUUCCCACUUUGGGGUGCCAUGUCCUAUAUACACCAAUGCACUUGUUUGAAGUGCAAAGGCCUGCUUUUUGUUGAGUGAUCAUGAUUGUCAAUUACUCUGA